AUGGCCGCUGCGGCCGCCCCCCGCGGCCUCCUCGUCCUGCUCCAGGUGCUCGGACUCGCGCUGGCGCAGAUCAGAGGUCCUCCAGGAGAGCGGGGGCCCCCAGGACCCCCGGGGCCGCCGGGUGUGCCUGGAUCCGACGGCAUCGACGGUGACAAGGGGCCCCCUGGGAAAGCCGGCCCUCCGGGACCUAAGGGAGAGCCUGGAAAAGCAGGGCCAGAUGGGCCAGACGGGAAGCCUGGGAUUGAUGGUCUAACUGGAGCCAAGGGGGAGCCUGGCCCCAUUGGGAUCCCUGGAGUCAAGGGCCAGCCUGGGCUCCCAGGUCCCCCUGGCCUGCCGGGCCCUGGCUUCGCCGGACCUCCUGGACCACCUGGACCUGUUGGGCUCCCUGGUGAGAUCGGAAUCACAGGCGCCAAGGGAGAUCCUGGACCAGAGGGACCAUCAGGUCCCCCAGGCCCUCCUGGGAAACCGGGCCGCCCUGGAACUGUCCAGGGCCUCGAAGGCAGUGCGGAUUUCCUGUGCCCAACCAACUGUCCAGCAGGUGUGAAAGGCCCCCCGGGGCUGCAGGGAGUGAAGGGGCAUCCUGGCAAACGCGGGGUUCUGGGAGAUCCUGGACACCUGGGGAAGCCAGGUCCCAAAGGGGAUGUGGGUGCCUCUGGAGAGCAAGGCAUCCCUGGACCACCGGGUCCCCAGGGUGUCAGGGGCUACCCAGGCAUGGCGGGACCCAAAGGAGAAAUGGGUCCUCGUGGGUACAAAGGCAUGGUGGGCUCCAUUGGCGCCGCUGGGUCACCGGGUGAGGAAGGUCCGCGGGGGCCACCAGGCCGAGCUGGGGAGAAGGGCGAUGUGGGCAGUCAAGGUGUUCGAGGACCCCAGGGAAUAACAGGCCCAAAGGGAGCAACUGGUCCCCCAGGCAUCGAUGGCAAGGAUGGGACCCCAGGCACACCUGGCAUGAAGGGCAGUGCAGGACAGGCAGGGCGGCCAGGAAACACAGGCCACCAGGGCCUAGCGGGUGUGCCAGGCCAGCCUGGGACGAAAGGUGGCCCUGGAGACAAGGGUGAGCCAGGCCAGCAGGGCCUCCCUGGAUUCUCUGGUCCCCCUGGAAAGGAGGGAGAGCCAGGGCCUCGAGGAGAAAUCGGUCCGCGGGGCAUCAUGGGGCAGAAGGGUGACCAAGGUGAGAGAGGGCCAGUGGGGCAGCCAGGCCCUCAAGGACGGCAGGGCCCGAAGGGGGAGCAGGGGUCCCCGGGAAUUCCAGGGCCACAAGGCUUGCCAGGCAUCAAGGGAGACAAGGGCUCCCCAGGGAAGACCGGCCCCCGCGGCGGUGUGGGCGACCCGGGGGUGGCCGGCCUCCCAGGAGAGAAAGGCGAGAAGGGCGAGUCUGGAGAGCCAGGGCCAAAGGGACAGCAAGGAGUCCGCGGAGAACCCGGCUACCGGGGCCCCAGCGGGGACGCGGGAGCUCCCGGAGUGCAGGGCUACCCCGGGCCCCCUGGCCCUCGAGGACUGGCUGGAGACCGCGGCGUGCCGGGACAGACCGGGAGACAGGGCGUGGCGGGCCGAGAUGCCAGUGAUCAGCACAUCGUGGACGUGGUGCUGAAGAUGCUGCAAGAGCAACUGGCAGAAGUGGCUGUUAGUGCCAAGAGGGAAGCCCUGGGUGCAACUGGCAUGGUGGGUCCCCCAGGACCCCCUGGGCCUCCUGGGUACCCAGGCAAACAGGGACCCCAUGGGCACCCUGGCUCUCGGGGUGUUCCUGGCAUCGUGGGAGCUGUGGGUCAGAUUGGCAACACGGGGCCCAAAGGAAAACGCGGAGAGAAGGGUGACCAGGGAGACAUGGGACGUGGACACCCGGGGAUGCCUGGGCCCCCAGGGAUCCCAGGUCUUCCUGGCCGCCCUGGCCAGGCAAUCAAUGGUAAAGAUGGAGACCGAGGGUCCCCAGGAGCCCCAGGAGAGGCAGGUCGACCCGGCCUGCCAGGCCCCGUGGGGCUGCCUGGCUUCUGUGAGCCUGCGGCCUGCCUUGGAGCCUCAGCCUAUGCCUCUGCACGCCUCACGGAGCCCGGAUCCAUCAAGGGCCCAUGAACAUCAGGCCAGGAUAGAGCCUGGCAGGCAUCCUGGGGGGAAAAGACUGGGUUCCCUCUGGGUGGACAUGAACCCCACCCCCCAGCCCAGGAAACCAGCUUUCUCAAGACUUUCUGUCUGGGACCCAGGAGUCCUUAAGAAAAGGAAAUUCUAAAACAUGGAGGAAGGGAAGGGAGGGUAUCGCAAUGAAAAGAUGAGGCCAACAGACAGGUCUAGUGUCACUAGAGAGUCCAAGCUCCAAAGAGGAUGGAGUGGCACCACUCAGAUGUUACUAAAACAAAUGUAUCCUUGAUUUGCACCAUCUUCCACUGGUCAUCUCGUCCUUGGGACAGAUGGACUUAGGUCUCUGCUGGUUCCUGAUCCCAUUUCACCCACUGGACUUCCUAGGUGACUGCUGAUGGGUAACUACCUGAGGCGGCUGCCCUUAAGCCAGCCCCAUUACUUCCUUCCUGCACCCCUCGCAUCUAAGUAUUUAAACCCCCUUUUCCCUUCUCUUUCUGGCAUCACCCUCUCCCACCACUCCCUUAGAUCCACGAAGGCCUUUCUGUAAAUAAAAAUCCCAAUUUGGGUACAAACCAGGAUGUGAAUUGUUGGGCUUAAUUUCUCAUGGAUUGGGGCUGGGCCUCCACUGCCUGGGAACGAUAGUCAGGGGUUCCAGAAGAGGAGAGCAGGGGUUAAGGCACCUUCCUCUGGGCACAUCCUGGAUUGUGAGCAUUAGGAUGACACAGCAAGUUGGAGGAACAUCUAUGGGAAGAACCUGGGGGUGGUCAGGAUGGUGACCUGCUAUGUAACUUUGGGCAAAUCACUUCCCAGACUUUGUACAGCUGUGACAAGGACUCAGCCAGGUCUUAUUUAACCCAGUAGAGCACUCUUGGAGUCUUGCCUGGAGCCUGGCACAUGGGAGGUCCUCUGUGAGUUUGGCACCCAUUGUGUGCUGGCCCUGGGGCAGGAGCUGGCAGCGAAAGAUAAGAAGACUUGCUUGGCUCUUACCCUUCAGGGGUUCUCAGGCCAUUGAGAAAAACUGACAUAGACUGGAUGAUGAGAGCAGAAGUGUUAUUCACUCACGCCACUUUCACUAAGGGGACGUCUAGGGGAGAAUGGUUCAGAUCUGAUCUGUACCUCUGGAGGCUCCCAGCCUUAUAGCUUUGUAGGCAAGCAAAGCUGCUCGAAACAGCAGAAGCAGGGAAGGGCAUGGCAGGUGCUUUUGACUUAUGCAAAGGUGGGAGUUUUUGAAAUUCAGAGUGACCAAUCCCUUUGCUCCAUUGUUGAUUUGGGCAUUUGUUUCUUUAAAUGAAGCAUUUUGCCAGCUCUGGAACCUCCUGAAGGGAGACAUAGGGCUCCAGCCUGAGGUCCUAGCAUUUUCUGAAGCCUGGGCCCUCCUGCACCUCGCCCUAAACUUGGCUGUGGAUCCCCAUCUACGCUGGAGCACCCUUUUUCUCCUCUAGCCAGCAGGGGCAGAGAACGCCCCUUGCUGGCCCACCCUCUCUCCUCCCUUCCUUGCCCCAAUAUGUGUGCGUACCACUACUGGUGACAUCUCAGCAUCCUUACCCCAAUCCAAAGAUAGACAGGAAGAAUAAGGUGGGUAGACCUAAGGGGCACAGAGGUGGCUUCACCCUCAGUGCUUUGGCAAAUCCUGAAUCAUAGCAUCCCAGUCCCCCCGCACCCAUCCCAAGGCCCCACUACAGCUGGGGCUGUAGGAGCCUUGGAAUCCAGAAUCUGGGGCUCAAUGAGAAGGGGAAGAGGAUGAGAGCCGCAGGAGGCAGCUGCAGCCUAGCCCUGAGCUGGCUCCAGGUAUUUCAUACCUAGUGGGAAGGGGGU